AUUUCUUUGUUGAGCAGUGCGAAUACUUGGAUUGAGACGUGGCGGUUGUUAUUGGAAUAUACUGUCAGCGUGUGCAUAUAAUACGAAAGGCUAAGCAACAAUUCAACAAUUAAUUGACUGCGCGAUAAACCGUGUUGAAAGCUGGCAUUUAAUUGCAAAGAAAAUAAGAAAUAUUGUAAAAUAAAGACGGGUUAACUUCAAUUAAUUUUCUUUGACAACACAAGGACUACUUGACACGCGCUAAAUACCGGCCACAUUCCAGCAGCGGUAUCAGACGGAUCAAGACGGACUUAGGAUGGACAGUCAGAUUACAACAGUGUGCGAAGAGGUCACAGAAGUAAAAUACGGAGUUACAUUUUUUUCCAUGUGAUAUUUGAAAGCAUUAUAGGUUGAAUGACAAAGGAAGGGACUAAAGAAAGGAAUACCGUAUUAGUUCCUCAUUUAUCUGACAAGUGCAAAGACAGUCUGGCAAAAAGUUGUACAACAUCAACACACAGAUAUGUAAUUAACAUAAUAAUUAUUAUUCUUUUUGUACUUAAAACUAAAAACAAAUAAUGACGAGCAAUUUUGAAAAUGUUACUAUGGAAAAUGUAAGCUUUCAAAAUGUCACAGUAGCGCGUCAAAAUGAUGACGAUAUCUCUUUGAAAAUUGCAAUAGGAAUAUAUAGCACAAUUUUCAUUUUAGCAGUUGUAGGGAAUAGCCUUGUGAUUUUGACUUUGGUCCAAAAUAAAAGAAUGAGGACAGUAACAAAUGUGUUUCUGCUGAAUUUAGCAAUCAGUGACCUUCUACUUGCUGUGUUCUGUAUGCCCUUCACUCUUGUGCCGAUUAUGAUUCGAAACUUCAUAUUUGGACCAUUUAUGUGCAUAACUAUCAGAUAUGCUCAAGGUGUGUCAGUUGGGGCAAGCUGCUUUACACUUGUUGCAAUCUCCCUAGAGCGUUACUUUGCAAUCUGCCGACCAUUACAUUCACGUCGGUGGCAAACUUUAUCACAUGCUUACAAGGUAAUUGCCGUGUGCUGGACAAUUGCAUUAAUUAUAGUGAUUCCGAUAGCGGUAUCAACACGACAUGUCCGUAUUAGACCAGAUAUAAGUGCAUGCCGGGAAAGCUGGGCAAAUGAAGACCUGGAAAAAGCGUACACAGUAUUUCUCGAUGUGGUACUUCUGUUUAUACCACUUUGUUUGAUGACUGGUGCAUAUACGAAAAUAAUGGGUACUUUGUGCGCUGGUAUCAGUAUGUACGACCCUGCAGAACGUGGUAGAGGCUACAGCAAUGGUAGUAUCUCCAAAUCGCCCUUAAUGGUGUCAUUGCAAUUUAAAGGUUCAACGAGAACGAGUCUGUUUAAGCACGAUAAUGCUCCUGACCUUGGUAGAAGUAAUGAUAGAAAUUAUUUGUCCAUACAAAUGAAGGAAAUUAGUCCGUGUAGCAGCGAGGAAUCAACACCUAGGAGAUCGAAAAUGGACCAGACUAGAAUUAUACGACAAUCUAAUCAAGAAAAAAGCCGAGAGGCUAAACUUCGUGUUGUCAGGAUGUUGUUUGUACUUGUGAUUGAGUUCUUUGUUUGCUGGUCUCCACUUUACACUGUGCAAACUUGGAAGAGCUUUCAUCCUGAAAGUAUACGAGAAAAUAUAUCUAGUUUUGUGUGGUCCUUUAUGUUUGUGCUUUCGUACUUGUCAUCUUGUUGUAAUCCGAUUACCUACUGUUUCAUGAACAAACGCUUUCGCCAAUCAUUUAUUGCUGCUUUCAGACGGUGUAUGUGCUGCAAACAGAAAUCGAGAGGAUAUUUAUAUAACACAAAUUACACAAGUACAAGGCGGCUUACUUGGGCAGACACACAGAAAGUAGAUGACACUGACUUGAGUUCAAACGAUAAGUUAAAGUCGUGAUUUAUUUGGAGGUACACUAACUUCCUAAAUAUUAUUUAAAAAAGAAUCUUGUUUAGGACAGAAAUUGGACACUUUACAUAAAAUUGUACAAAAUGAAGUGAAAUAUAACAAGUGGAAAAAGAAUAUGUCAAAUAGAUUUGUUUGUUUUGUGAUUAGCGCCUCGUUUUAGUUAUGUAACGGCGGAAAUUAACCUAACCUGUUUCAGGAUUUUGAACUAGUUUCAUGUUUUCACCGCAAGUAACUACCAG